AUGUCGGCGCUCGAGGCGGGCGUCGCCGUGCUCCUCCGCUCUCGCAGGGAAGACGUGAAGCUCUGGCAGAACGGCACUGCUCUCUCGGGGCCUGGCGACGUCGUGAACGGCCGCUGGGGAGACGGUUGCCGCUUCGUGUUCCUGGACAUUGGGGCCAACAUGGGCAUAUCCACACGCAAGCUCUUCGAGCCAGCCGCAUACCCGCCGCAUGCAACGACGUGGAACGGCAAGUGGGCUGACGACAACCGGCCCACCUCGAGCAAAGGCAAGCUGUAUGCACACCUGUUCGACCAGGCGUUCGGGACCAUCGCAGAGCGUUCGCCGCGCUCCUUCCAAGGCCUGUGCGCGUUUGCCUUUGAGCCAAAUAUCGCACACACGGCAAGGCUCAGAAGCCUGGAGGCGUGCUACGCCAGCCGUGGCUGGCGCGUAAAGGUGUUCACGCAGACGGCCGUCUCCUCUGCCGACGGCGCAACGACCUUCUACAGGGACAGCGGGGGCACGCCUCUUGCAGAGUCCGAUGAGGCUCUGGCUGCUCGAAGGGCGGUCGACUUGAACGGGAGGCGAAAGUGGUCUGCCGAGCGCUCGAGCUCAAUCUACCGCUUUCCUCACCGAAAGAAGCUCGAGGAGCAAGGCUACCCAGUGACGACGGUCGACCUCGCGGCAUGGGUGGCGAAGCACGUCGUCCAGCGAAGGGUGUCACAGGGGCACAGGCCGGCUUACGUGCUCGCCAAGAUCGAUGUGGAAGGCGCUGAAUUCGAGGUCAUGCCCAAGCUCCUGGCGGCCGGCUUGCUGUGUGCCGACGCCAUCUCCACCAUCACCAUGGAGUGGCAUCCCGGCUUCCUCUCGUUGAUGGGAGCACGCGAGCGCGGAUUGCGCCAUCUGCCGACAGCCGCCGAGGGCGGGCAGCUCAUGCAGCGAGUGAGCAGCGCCAGAGCAUCCGUGCCUACCGCAGCAGGAAGCACGUGCUCUCGCAAGACGACGUUCGAGAGCGUUGAUGACGAGACGUACCUGCUCGACUCGAAGUGCUCCUUGCGCCUCCACGAAGAGCCUUCGCGUGUGUGCAGCGCGCCAGCCGAUAAAGAGUGUGCGCACAUGUAUCCAAGUGCCGAUGGCCCUGCUGCUUGA